AUGACAACAAAAAAUAGGCCGAUUGAGGAGGCUGCAGCGGUGUACAUACUGCGCAUUAUACAUACUAUACUUCUUUGGUUGGGUGUUACUCUCGGCUCCGUACUCGUCGUAUGUUCUCAACCACGCUUUGUCCCCAUUCGGACAGCGAUCUCGAGUUUUGUUUAUCUUUUGGCCUCUCUGUGUGUAAUAUUCGUUAGCAUUCUGGAACUCAAAGGUCAUAUUUCUACCAUCAGCGGUGUAACUCACUGGAUGGACAGAGUGGGAUGUUCCUAUUGGUUUUUGCUGCUAUUUAUCCGGUGCAUCAAACCCUCUCAUGCAGUGGAAUGGGUCGCUUCUGCACUACUACCUCUGCUGGUGCUAACUGAAUGGGCCGUCGUGACGACUUAUAUUCUUAUUUCCAGCACUUAUCAUCCUGUUAUUACCGUCGAUCUUUUUCUUACGGUUCUCCAUACGGUGGUGUUUACCGCCUUUGUUGGCCUGGACCGUUUGAUGAUCAGCGAUAUUACCGUCAUUUUCUCUGCCGCUCGUGCCGCUCAGGAUGCAGACGCUGUUGAAGCCUGUGGUGGAAAUAUGGGUAUGUCACGCAGUGGCCCCGGAAGCUUCAGGUCUGACGAUAUGUUGGAACUGAGCCAUGAGCUUCAGAGUAGUGCCUCUUCUUAUUCUUCAGCCCUCUGCAGGGGUAAUUCACGUUGUUAUAUAUUACGUGUGGUGGCACGCCGCUGGGGCGGGACGUACGCCGUGCUUGUAUUUGUGCGGCUUCUUUACGAGUUUGGAGGCCUUCUCCCAGCGCAUCUCUUGCGAAUACUGGUAGACAACUUGUCCGUAGUUGAAAAUAAGCACGGAAAGAAACACGGAAGUGAUGGGCUGUGUAUGGCAAGUGUUAUGAUCGUGGUAAUUAUUGCUUACAAUUUAAUAUGCACCUUUCUGCGUGCACACUACAGAGUGGCUUUGCAGAAAAUUGUCUUAUACACUCGUGGUCUCCUAACUUCAGAGCUGUUCCGCUGCACACUGUGUCGCCGGAAGCAUCUAUUUGACGGUAGAACGCAGGGUGAUAUUAUGAACCACCUCUCAUUGGAUGUUGCGCGCGUAGCUGAUGCAGCAAGUUCUUUUAAUGAUCUCUGGGCGCUGCCACUGCAACUCUCCCUUGCGUUGUACCUCUUGUACAUACAAAUCUCGUUUGCAUUCGUUGCGGGUGUGGUGGUGUCAGUUGCACUGAUACCCAUCAACAUGUGGCUGACGAAGCGCAUCCAAGGUGUCAUGAGUGAACUCAUGCGGGAAAAUGAUGAACGUGUCCUGCGAAUCACGGAGAUAGUGAGGAACAUUAUUUACGUCAAAAUGUGUGGCUGGUCGCAAUUAGUUCAGCAGUGGGUGAAAGAAUCACGUGAUCGGUACUUGGUGCAUCUCAGGUGGCUCAAGUACUUGGAUGCAUUCUGUGUCUUCUUCUGGGCAACUACGCCUACACUUGUUUCACUUGUAACAUUUAUAACCUUUAUUUUGAUGGGUGGGGAGUUGACACCCGGAAAGGCUGUAACCGCGUUAGCCCUGUUCAACUCACUUACAAUGCCGUUGAAUGCGUAUCCAUGCGUCAUUAAUGGUCUCGUGGAGUCGUAUGUGUCGUGGUGUCGGCUUAGUCCCUUCCUGGUAAUGCGACCAGACGCAUGUCACGGCGACUUGUAUGGUUUUGCGUCAGGGGAAAGUGACUCAGGCACCAAAAUGUUUACCGAAAUAACGGAGGAAUACCAAGACAUGGUGGUGAGUAGCGAAGAGAUGCCCUGUGCUUCCUCAUUGAAUGAAAUACAACCACUUCUUCAAGCAAAGGGUUGUGUUGGCGAGAUGCGGCGGCAGCGUCUCGCGGGGAUCCAUGGGCUUCCUCAUCCCUUCAGAAGAAAUCACGAUUUGCUCAUUGAUAUCAGAAGCGGCGUCAUAAGGCUCAAUACGCAAGGUGGCGCAGGGUUGCCGCGACCCAGCUUCAUGCUUCAUAUUCCAACCUUCCAAGCGACGAGCGGUCAACUUAUUGCCGUUGUGGGUGUUUCUGGGUCGGGGAAAAGUACAUUUCUUGACGGUCUUGCAGGUGAACACCUGAUUGACCCAAAUGAUGCCACCGGCCACGCGGCAGUCUCACGCUUCUCCACGGCUUAUGUCGAGCAACAACCUUUUUUGAUGUCGGGAACACUGCGGGAGAAUAUUUUGAUGGGACUCAUGUACGACUCUGUGCGCUACGAGGCGGUUAUAAAUGCUGUAGCUCUCACUCAGGACCUUCAAACUUGUUUCUAUCCCGAUGGUGACACUUUUCUCGUAGGGGACAGAGGGAUCCGACUAAGUGGAGGGCAGAGGGCACGGGUUGCUCUUGCGCGUGCUCUAUACGCGGGAAAGGAGUUAUAUUUAAUUGAUGACAUCCUUGGCUGUCUUGACCCAACAGUAGCGCGUCACAUUGUCACAAAUGCCCUCGUUGGUUCAGCAAAAAGCGGGAGUUGCGUUAUCGUUGCCACACACAACCAGGAGCUCGUUGAGCGGGCAGAUGUAGUGUACAGGUGUGUGGAGGGUCAACUUCUUUUUUCUCAGCGGUUAGUGAAAACAGCUGCUACUACAGUUGCCGAGCCAAGCUCGCCGGCGGCUAAGCCACAUGCAACCCAACAACAUGUGGCGUUGGCUAAUAAUGAGAAAGGUCAUGGAAAGGUAGGCAAUGUUCUAGGUGAUGUGCCAUGGCCCUCGAGCGAUAGUUCACCUGCGCGUGCGCCCGUCGCAACGCCAGAGAGCGGUUCAAUAGAAGCGGCAGAAGUUCUGGAGACAUCUAAACACGGCACUCUUGCGUGGGAAACACUGGCGUGUUACAUCGGUCGGGUCGGGUGGAAGCUGUCUGCCUUCAUUAUCAUAUCUGCCGCUUUGAUGCAAAUAUCUCGCAAUGCGGGUGACCAGUACGUUGUAACGUGGGCUAAGAGUGGUGAUGGAAAUACCACGCGAUUCAUUUGGUCAUUGGCCAUCUUAGCUGGUGUGAACAGUGUGUUGGCGCUUGCGCGUGGUUUCAGUUUUGCUUUCGGUGGUCUGCGGGCCGCAAAAAGGCUACACAAUGAGUUAUUGGGCCACGUGAUGUCUGCCACGUUUACCUUCUUCUCAGACACGCCGCCCGGCCGCAUCAUCAACCGGCUAUGUGGUGAUACAUACACCAUUGAUGAUUCACUGCCAUUCAUAAUGAACAUUUUGUUGGCGCAAACGUUUUUACUUUGCGGAGCGGUAGUCGUAAUAUUACUCAACUCCUCGUCGUUGCUAAUAGUUACACUCAUUCCGGUUUCUGUGCUCUACCAUCGUAUUCAAUGUCCGUAUCGAGCGUCGUCGAGAGAGCUGCGACGACUUGAAGAAGCGGCUAACGCGCCACUGCUCGAUACAAUGCGUGAUGCGCUGGACGGUGGGGUAGUAAUUCGCAGUUUGGGCGGUAGAGUGGUGAUGUCUCACCUGCGGCGUGCGAGUCGAAACACGGAUCUGUUGUUGCGAGUAAAGUUUAAUUCCAUGCUUCUCGGUGCAUGGUUUACCAUCCGGCUGGAGCUUGUUGGCCUCCUUCCACUUAUUUUUGUAGGAGGCACCGCUAUCUAUUACCAUGGCAGCGCCUCCGCCCCUUUUAUAGGGCUUGCACUCGCCUAUGUGCAGCCCCUGACGUCAUAUGUGGGAGGCUUGCUUGGUGCGUUUGCCUCCACGGAAACAGAGCUUAUUAGCGUGGAGCGCGUGAGACAAUACUUUUCAUUGGCGAGCGAGGAGCCACGAACUCUGGGCAUGUUUUUUUCACCUCCACUCUCCAACUGGCCCAGCGGUGGUCAAGUUGUUUUGAGCAACGUGUCAAUGCGGUACGACCCAAGCGGACCGGAGGUGUUGCGGUCGCUGAGCUUUCAUGUAAAUGCUGGGGAGAAGGUGGCGAUAGUAGGCCGGACAGGAGCGGGGAAAUCUUCCAUUUUUUCGGCGUUGCUCCGACUUGUGGAAAUCGAGUCGGGAUCCAUCCACAUCGAUGGAUACGACACUCGGCGGCUACCACUUGAGGUUCUACGCACCCGCUUAAGUGUCCUUCCGCAACAACCGUUCAUCUUUAGUGGUUCACUCCGGCAGAACAUUGACCCAUUUGGGCUUCACUCGGAAGACGCUGUGCGUGACGUUGCAACCUCCGUUAAACUAGACGGUGUUGCAUUGGAUUACAAUGUCACUGACAGCAGUCGCGUCAGUGGAGGUCAACGCCAUCUGAUUGCACUUGCCCGUGUAAUACUCCAGCGGUCUCCACUGCUGUUGUUGGAUGAACCGACUGCACAAAGUAGUGCCGAGGCGGAGGCAGCGUUGUGGAGCUCGUUGGCCGAACAUCUGAGGAGUACAACGGUGUUGUGCAUCACACACAAAUUGUCACAUAUUGACUUCUUCGAUCGUGUCAUUGUCAUUGAGAAUGGCCAUGUUGCUAGUGACGGAACUGUUGCUCAACUCCGAGCGGCCUCUGUGUGGCCGUUUUCGUCCCCCAAUGCCGAUGCUUCGCUCACAUAA